AGAGGGGUGGAUCAAACAUGGAAUUACCUCAGUCAACCCUAGAUGCUUUAACUUUAGCUGGAGACUCCGUUCAUGUACCUGAUGCACUAUUUCCCAAUUUUCUGGAGGUAGCUUUUAGAGGUGUCAUCAAUUCUAGCGACAGAAAUGCCAUAGAAGGUGUGAAAGGACUUUCCAAGAAAGAUCACACAACAGUUAAAGAAGCCUAUUCUGGUCUUGUUUCCAUGGUGAUAGAAGCCGCCAAACAGGACAAAGACACGGAAUCCCUGAGCUCUCUUCUGGAAGACUGUAAAUUCCCUCCAGAAAGAAUCAAGCAAGUGUUGGAUGUUUAUCAGAAAAACAAGGCAGCUCUUCAAAUCCUUCUUGGCAGUGUGGGUACGACACCUGCUCAUAUUGUAGAUGUAGACUGGAGACUGGAUUACUACGUCAAGAAUAACCAUCUUGAGAGAGUGAAUGAGGCAGUGUAUUUAAUAAACCUGAAAACAGAGGUUCCAGGUAAGACAGAGCUCCAGGAAGUCCAGUUUUCCUGUUCCCAGGAGCAGCUCCAGGACUUAGUUGGUAAAUUGAAAGAUGCCUGCAAGUGUUUAGAGCGUGUCAGUCAGUCAUGAAACUAAGAAUUCAGUAAAUAAAUGAUAUUGAUGGGCCAGGAUUUCACAACAGAGUUUAACUUAACAAGACAUGCUGAAGAAAAUGAAUAAAAGAGGGACGGAGGCUAGAAAAAAAAUAUGGGCUAUAAUACAUUAUGUAUGUGAAAAGCUUAGGAUAGUAAAGAUUGAAAAAUUAUAUUUUUUAUCACAUUUUGAAGUAUGAAAUGUAUAAAAUAAAGUACAAUAAAAAUAUAUUAACUGAUGAAAACAA